AUGAUUCACGAGUUCUUCGAUCUUUCUAAGGCUGCUGAAUUUCAGGCCCUCAGUCUCAAGAAGGAUAGCACAUUUGAAGUGCACUAUUUUGACAUCCAUAGCAUGGGUGGAACCACCCGUGUCAUCCUCGCUGCUUCUGGUGCCAAAUUUACUAAUGUCCUUCCUGGUGAGAACUGGGAAAAGGAGGAUAAGGCCAAGGCCCCAUUCGGGACCGUACCUAUACUGAAGGAGAUUUCAGCUGAUGGCAAGACUGUAAUCCAAAUUGCAGAGUCAGAUUCAAUUGAACGUUAUUUGGCUCGCAAAUUUGAUCUCUAUGGCUCUAAUGCAUUAGAAGAGGUUAUCAUCAACACAUAUCUCUCUCAAGCCAAUGCCGUAACCGGUCAGGUUAUUGCGCGCUAUUACUCCGCAGACGACGAUAAGGAGGCUCAGGAGAAGGUUAGGAAGCAAUUGGUCGAGGGCCCUAUCUCCAACUGGAUCAAGUAUCAUGAACGUCAUUUGCAAGACAAUGGAGCCAAUGGUCAUUUGGUCGGCAACAAGUUGACUUUAGCUGAUAUUAAAGUUGCAUACUGGAUUCCUCUUUUGCAAUAUAUUUCCGCGAAGGAAGGUUUGAUCUCGCCUGAGAAGACCCCCGCCCUCUUGAAGGUCCAGGAGACUGUUGAUUCGAUUCCUUCUUUAAAGGCUUGGAGAGAAACUGAAGAGUAUCAGACUUUUAGCCGGGGCAAUCUUGAUUAUCUCGGUUUUGCUGGUUCAAAAUAA